AUGAUGAAGUGCAUUGUUCUGCUCGCCUUCGUCGGAUGCACAACAGCCAUUAACCUCAUCGGCCGAACUCAAUCCGCUGCUGCUCGCGGAAAACUGACAUGCAAUGGGAAGCCAGCAGCAGGAGUCAAAGUGAAACUGUACGAUUCUGACAACAGUAUACUGCCUGGUGUGCUCGACACCGACGAUCUAAUGGCUUCCGGCAAGACAGAUUCCAACGGAGAGUACAAUCUUUCGGGAAGCACCAAAGAAAUCACAGGCAUUGAGCCUUACAUCGCCAUCUACCACGAUUGCAAUGACGGAGUCAAGCCCUGUCAACGCACCUUCCGAGUGGGAAUUCCAUCCAAAUACGUUACAAGUGGUAAAACUCCCAAGACGACAUUUGAUGCUGGUCAGCUGGAGCUCGCCGGAAAAUACCCGAACGAAGGAAGAAGCUGCCUCAAUUAG